GAUCGCUGGACUGCCGAGGGGCGCGGCGGUGCCGGGGAACAUCCCCGCGUCCCCGUGCCCGGCCGGGCUCCGGCCCCACACCAGGCACAGCUCGUCACACGCCGGGGCUGUGCCAAAGCGCCCGGGGCCGGGAGGCCCAUCCGGUGCCAGCCCUCCCACGGCCAAGGCGGCGUUUCCUCUCCCUGCGCCCAGCCUGCGCACAGGCGUAGCGGCACAGACACCGGCGGGCGAGAAAAGGCUCCGGAAGGAAAUGGAGAAAGCAGACGAAGCUGGCAGGUGGAGAGCAGGAGGGGCCGCGGUCACCCCCGCCCCGCUGCAGGGUGCCAAGGGGCAUCGGGGGGUCCCCACCUCGCCGGAGUGCCCGGCCGCGCUGCCAGCACUGCGCUGCUCCGCUCCAUCGUCCGGGGAAACUGAGGCACGGGGAGCCGCGCGCGGAGCCCCCCGCUCUCCCGGGAGGGAAGCGCUCCCCCCGCCCGGCCGGGAUGACACCAGCUCCCCAUCCUCCUCCCGCUCCACCCUGUUCCUGCAGGAACCCGGCAGUCCGGGCUCCGGGCCGGCGGCCAGGGCCUCCCUGCUGCCCGCAGCUCUCGCCCCGCAGCUCCCGCCCCGCUGCUCCGGCCCUGCUCCCGCAGCCCUGCCCGCUCCUCGCCGCACACACCUUCCCACCGCGGGUCAGGGCGACCUUGGAGCGCCGCCGCGGCCGCUCCGUGCCAAACUUCCCGGCGAUGCCCACGGCACAGCCGGGGGUGACGGAUCGGCAGGAAGGGGGAUUUUUUUCCCCAUUUGUUUAUUCGUUGGAUGGCUGUUUCGACUCAGUCGAGCGCUUGACCUAAAUCUCCUCCUGAUCCACGGGAGCUGCAGUCCCUCAGCAGCACAGCUCAAGGCUCCGCGCUCCCGGCCCCAGGGACAUGGGGACAUCUCGACACCCGGCCAGCGCCACUGCGGCACUCCCAGCUUGGACCCCCUCCCACUCGGGGAUGCAGAAGGAUGAUGCUGCGACCGGCUCUGCCCACCCUGGGGUGCCCCCGAGUCCUUCAGGCUCUGCACUCCCCGCCCCAGGGACACGGGAACAUCUCAACACCCAGCCAACGCCUCUGUGGCACUACUGGCUUGGAUCCCUCUCCCACCCUGGGAUGCUGAGGGGUGAUGCUGGGACCACCCUGAGUCCUGCUGGGGCUGCACCCAGCAGUGGUGCACCUGGGUGCCGUGGUGACACCGUGGGGAUGGGGCCCGUGUGACACCCUGGGGAUGGGCACAGGGAUGCUCAGAGGGCUGGGCAGGCGAUGGCUGGGGCGGCAGAGG